UCCUUUCACACAAAAGAGUUCCCGUCCUAAAAUGGUGUUUUAUUUGAAUUUUUCGCGCACUUUGGAAACUCUGGCCGAUUUGAAAAUUAUAUAGAAUGUAUAUGCGAUUAUCCCGCCUACUCUAAAUUCUUGUAAAGCUGCCGUAAGAGAAAUUUAGAGGAAAAACCAACAAGGAGAAAUUCCUCCGCGCAGCGCGCCAUUGACUGUAAAGACCUUUCAACUUAACAAAAACUGAAGUUGACAAACGUAUCCCCGUUGGCUGAAACUGUGAGAAAGAGUGUGUUUUUUCGGCGAAGUGAGGAAACCAGAAGCAGACGAUGCAGCUCGCGGCGGGGGUUUGUGGAUACGUUGGCGGUUUUGUGUAAAUGAGCGACGGCUGCACGGCGGCGUUUUGUUUUGAUUUCCAUGUGAAAUGCAAUUAGUGCUCCGCGGUGCUUGCUAGUUUGGCUCGCGGAGCGCAGCGCAGCGCACUCUCAACUUGUUUCUCGCCUCGGGAGCGCAACAUGGAGCACUAUCAGGAAGACCUGGGACUCCGGGCCGCUACAUUGAUGGAGGACCUCUCCUUGUAUGAUGCUUAUAAAGACGGGAUGUACAAUGCGAGGAGAGACUUGGUGAUAAACCCCGAUUUAGACUUUUCUGCUCCGGCUGUAGCAGAGCACAAAACUAAGCCGAUGAAUGGUACCUCUGUUCUUCACCAGCAGCAUCACACAGUGGAGAAUUUCACGUCUGGGAAUAAAGUGUACAACGCGGCUCCAGUGCGCCCGGUGAACUGCAACCGGACCGUUCCUGUGGAUUUCUGUGCCCCUCAGAGAGACGCGGGGUAUAAUGAGGAGAGCUUUUGCACCAAAUCCGAAGUGGCUUUGCCGUGUUACAGUGGCACCUCCGAGAGGCACAGGAGAUACUCUCUGGAGGUGCAGGGCCACAGGUACAGCACCGGCUCCACCUUUGACGGCGUACCACUCAACAAACCGGUGCCUUUGCCCGGCAACAGGUGCAACAGUGUCUGCAUUACUAGCAGUCACGACGGGAGGUACAACGCCGCCAGUCCCCGCUCCAGCCUGGCAUCCUCUCUGUCCUCUCAAGAGCAGAGCAAGCAUGCCAGUCCGCGGUCGAGCAUCAGCAGCCCGCGCACUAGUUUGGUGGUACCGGGUCAAGACAGGUAUACAAGCCCCAGAUCUAGUUUAGUUCACUGUGAAGGUAACAGUGUCCUCAGUCCCCGAUCCAGCUAUGCAAGCACCGCCAGCGACACGAGUAAGCACUCCAGUCCCAGGGCCAGCCUCAACAGCUGCGACUGUUGCAGCAAGCCCAGCAGCAACCGCACCAGCGGCAUCAGCAUGGGCUACGACCAGAGGCACACCAGCCCCAGGUCCAGCACGGCAAGCCAGUACUCCUUCACCACCAGCCCGAGAUCCAGUUACUCAGAUUCACGGUACGGGCCCGUGGUAAACCCUGAUCUGGAGGGGGCAAUCCUACACGCAGUGCCGCUGGCGAGCCCUCGCUCGAGCAUCUGCAGCCAAGAUGGGAGCGCAAGACCGGGGACCACGGCAAACUGCGUGGUCAGCCCACGAUCCAGCAUCUCUAGUCACAGCUCCAGAAGUUCUCGUAGCUCCAGGGGGUCUAUGAGCACCUAUCCCGAUCUACAGCUACCUUCUCCCAGGUCGUCCAUGCUCGGGAGUAGUUUACAUGAAGACACUCUGCUGCAGCAGGACUUUGGGGACUCUAAUGGGACCCAAAAUCGCAUUCAUCUCCAUGCGGUGCCUGAACCCCAGCAGCAGCAGCUAGCCCAGACAGGAGGGACCGUGGACAUAACCGCUGGGUCACCGUCGUCAUUUUGUUAUGGGGUGUCCUCAAAAACGGCUUCAUCGGGCCAGAGGUUUAAGUUACCCUACCAGGUGACCCCCAACCGAGAGAGCGGGCCAAGCCAGGCAGAGAAAAGGCUGGAGGCGCUCACCCUGGAGCUGGAAAAGGAGUUAGAGAUGCAUAUGAAAAAGGAAUAUUUUGGUAUCUGCAUCAAAUGUGGGAAGGGUGUGUACGGGGCCAGCCAGGCUUGUCAGGCCAUGGGGAACCUCUAUCACACAAACUGCUUCACCUGCUGCUCCUGCGGAAGGAGGCUGCGAGGAAAGGCGUUCUACAAUGUCAAUGGGAAGGUCUACUGUGAGGAGGAUUUUCUGUACUCUGGUUUCCAGCAGACGGCCGAGAAGUGCUUUGUAUGUGGUCACCUCAUCAUGGAGAUGAUACUCCAGGCGCUGGGCAAGUCCUAUCACCCUGGCUGUUUCCGCUGUGUGGUGUGUAAAGAGGGCCUAGAUGGAGUGCCUUUCACUGUAGACGUUGAGAAUAACAUCUAUUGUGUCAAAGACUACCACACGGUUUUUGCUCCCAAGUGUGCCUCAUGCAACCGGCCCAUCCUUCCAGCCCAGGGUUCAGAAGAGACCAUCCGGGUUGUUUCUAUGGACAAGGACUACCAUGUGGAGUGUUACCACUGUGAGGACUGCAGUCUUCAGCUGAACGAUGAGGAAGGCCAUCGCUGUUAUCCACUGGAAGGCCACCUUCUCUGCCACAGCUGCCACAUCCACCGGCUUCAGUCAAAGGUUCCUGCACACCCGCCCCCAAGCUACCCCCUUCAUGUUACUGAACUGUGAGGAAGCGGAUCAAGGUGAUCCAGGACACCAGCAGUGGGCAAAAAAGGCCUGUAACCCCCCCCCCAGUUCCUGAAAAGCCGAGCUGCGUAUCUAGACACACACAUACUGCAUGUCCACCCUCAAGCCCUACUGUCACAUGACAGUGCUGGGGGAAAAAAAGGUCCCCCAACCCUCCCCUUCCAUUUGGGUGCCUAACCCUGAAACCGGUUCACCCAGAGGCCCCUGGUGACGUCACACCUCCUGACCUCUUCACAUUCCUCAAAAAAAAUGGUUUUUGGAUUUGGAUCUCUCUUUGCUCCCCUCUCUUCCUCUCCAUGUUCUUCAUCCCUGUGCUCUGAAGCGGUUUACCGCAGUGAACACACCAGUGCUGUCAUGGCUGAGAAUGCUGCUGUUGUCGGUACCAGGAAGAUCCGGGGAAUGAGCCGCUACAUUCCGGUGCUUGCUGGACCGGACAGGCAGUGCCUUCGGAGCGGGCUCUGUCCGUGCAGCUUCUAACACUGAAAUAGAGCCCUGCUAAAGGCUAUGCAAAGGACACCCAGCAUCAUGACACAGGGCUUUGCAAACAAACUGCACCAGGCUGAUAUAACAGAUGCACUGUAGCACCACAAUCCCAGAGGACUGACUGACAUUCCACUUAAGAGUCUACGACAACACCUCGACAGAUUCACAAGCAGUGUCUUAAUUAAUGAUUAUAUUAUGAUGAAGAAAGAAAUUUUUAGAUGCACAUAGAUUGUCUUUUAUAUAUGAAUAUAUAUUUCGCAGAUGUUUUCCAUAUAAGAUACUAGAUAUAGUUCUCUCUCUUUUUUUUUUUUUUAUAUGUUGCUGCAUUUAUGACAAAAUUAGAGGUUAACUGUUUCGUGAAGCCUCUGCAGCCUUUUGGGUCUGUUGUAUCAUUUCUCCUCCACGACACAAAGCAUCUUCAUGUCAUGCCAGAGGGUCAGACAUCCAGAGGCUUUGUGGGAGCAGAGUUAGCUUAAAAAAUAUUGGCAUUCAGGUGUCUUAUUCCUCUUUGAGUACUUUGUGGCUGCUUCAGUUGAGGUUUUUACCAAUUAAUUAGCUUCUUUAAAACAUAUUAAAACUUUGUUGACAGGUUGGAGCUGAUGUAAACACUCCAUGUUUCACUUGGUUUCACGGAUUGUAAAAAUAGACAGUCAUCUACAGCUAAUUUAGAGCAGCAUUCAUUCUUUAAUUUUGCACCUUUAAACUUAAAAUAUAAAAUGAUACAUUUGGCAAGAAUUUCUCAGUAAAGAAAAGUUUUUAUGAGCUCAUAAACUUUUAACUGUUACUCUGUUUGUCAUCAGUCAUUUGAUUGGGAAUCAAGUUAGCUUCGGUAAACAUUUUUGACCAGAAAUUAUAUAAAAUUCCUUAAAAUUUCAGGUGGUUUAAGUACUCAAAGCUGAAUAAAACAUACUGCAUGCUUACCUUCAAACAACACUGUUUCCUCGAAUGCUUUCAAGACAGUCAUAUGAACACAUUGUGUUACUAUGAGGAACCUCCACCUGUCCACAUGCCUUAAGACAGAACAGGUAUGUCUGUCUGUCCCGGUGUGGUCUGCCAUGAAGUCUUCUGUUGUGUUUUUUGUUUUUGUUUGUUUUGGAGGGGAGGGGUAUCCCUAAAAUCAUGGAGCUGCUGGUCCCACCCGUGUUUUUUAAGGGAGCCUCACCCAUCCUUUGCUGAUUGUCUGUGUUUAUCCAAGUGUGUGUAUGCACACUUUGGCAGGCACUUAUGUCUUUAAUUGAGUGUUGUAUAUGUGUAAAUAUGCAAAAGAAAGUCUUACACGAGACAAAAAAGAGAAAAAAAUAGACUUGAAAAUUCAGUCUGUGGUGGUACUGGAAGAAUAUUCAUUCCCCUCCCCUCUGGAUUCUUAUCCAUUUUAUUUAGUAUUUUUGUACUGAAACUCCAUAAAUCAUUCUCUGGACAUUAAUGGUUAGAAACCAGAAUUUAGAUUAUCAAAUCAUCUGCAUAUUUUUGCUGAUAACCCCCCAAAAUGCAUGUUCAUUUUACAAAUUGUGUUAAUGUCUACUUGUGUUUGUGCGAUAGAGUGUGAGUGUGUGUUUAUUAGUGGCAGGGCCAUGGCACAUGCACCACACUGUGUUUGCAGGGCAGCGCAGCAUCAUACAGGAUGACCCAGGCUCUCUCUGUUAAAAUAUGGGGAUAAUUAGUGGUGUAAAUAAUAAGUUUGAUCACAAUGCCAUAUUAGAUUGAUUCAGUGGAUAACGAUUCAGCUUUCCCCGAUAUCACAAAUUCUGGCAUGAUGGGCUAUUCAGUUAGUUUCAGGACCCAACGAUCAAUACAAAACAAUACCACAUGCUGAUUUAACACAAUCACUUUCAUUCAUAUCAAAUCACAAAAAGAAACUAAAAUGUCAUUUUAUUUCUGAGCUCAGACAUUUAAUGAAAAACAGAAAUACUCACAUUCUGCAUGUUGAGCUUGAAAUUUUUCACAAUGUAAAAGUAAACUGAAGGAAUAGAGUCCUAUUUUUAGACAGUAAAGUAGGAUAUAGUGUAACCCUUACUCCUAUUUAGAGUCUCAAACCAAAUAUUUUUAAAAUAACCAAGUUAGUACAGUCGGACUUUAUCAUGAUUACACAGCACACCUUUGGAUGUGGGUAUUUUCUUUAUUAAAUUCGAAUAAGAAAGUUGUUUGAAGAAGGCAAAUAUAAACAACAGGAUUUCUUUUGAAGGAUUACUUUAUCGAUGUUUGAUCAUUAUUUGUUUCAAUGCUGUUGGAUCGUUGAUAAUUGAAUCGAUAAAGAUCGAUGCUUUGUUACACCCCUAGUGAUAAUUCAGAUGAUGCUGUCUUUCCAUCACACACUAUAUUCCAGAUGCUUCCAUGUAAAACCACAUUUGACGUGGAACAUGAGGGGCUUGCACAAAGCUUCCAGCUACUGUUCCUGUAGUUUAAACUUACCACCUAUCUGGCACUGAAGCUGGAAUAAAUUUAUCACCCACCAUUCCUUAUAGACACUGACCCAGCUCUGAUCCAUACUGUAAUGCUGUAACACACACAGGUCAGAAGAAAUACUACUGAAUGUGUCGAAACAGAGACUGAAGGCAGGGGUCACCACAGUCAGAAUGCUUUUUAAUGUACCUGAUGUAAUGAGAUUUUUGCGAAUGUAAUAAUUAGUGUUUGUAAAAGCAGAGAAGAAAAGGACUGCAAACUGUAUGUGAGAUAUUCUGCUUGUCAUUCAAUGUAUUUAACCUCACCUUUGUGCAAGGGUCAUGUGAUGCGUGCUAUACUUGGAAGAAUGGCAUUCUCUGAAUUAACCAGCACAAUUUCACCCCCCCCCCCCCCAACCCCACCCUUAAGAAAGAACCUAAGAGUGUAUGUCUUUGAAAUAAGUCUUAAUUUACUUGUUUAAAAGAACAACUUCAGUUUCUGUUGCAUAGCACGCAGCUAGUUACCCUGUACACAAUGAGGCUAGUUGUUAUUUUAUUUUUUUUUAUUGUAUUCUAUUUUAUUUUUCUGUCAAAAAAUCACUUGGAAAGAAAACACUUCUUCCUCUUCUACUGGUAGUUUCAACAAGCACAUCUCAACACCUGUCACUUCUUUUGUAUUGCUAAGUGUUUCGAUUACCUAGAUGGUUCAUUUAAAAAAGGAGACUAGAUCUAUUUAUCUAAACAUGAAAAAAGUCUAAAGUUAUUUAAUGUAUUAAAAUCGGGACGUAUCAUUUAACUGUAGAUUACAUAAUCUGCUUUUUCAAUAAAGUGGUUUUGUAGCUAA